CUCCAGGGCGCUUCGGCUCGAGGGCGAGGCCUUGGGGUCCCUGGGGGAGCAGGAGGCAGGGGGAUGGUGAGCCCCGCCGAAUGCCGGCGCGCUGGCCCAGCAAUGUCCCCCUUCCGCUAGAGGCCACACCGAGAGGCACCCCCUGGCUGCCGGGGUCGGCGGCGCCGCGCCGGCGAUGGCUGCUGCUGCUGGCGCCUCCCAGGAGGCGCCGGACCGAGCGGCUUCCAGCAGCGACGUCGCAGGAGCGCCUCCGGGCGAGGGGCGCAAGGAGACCGUGGUCCAGGUCGCCCUCGACGACAUGGAACUCGCGAGGCCGUUCGGCCAGGCGCCCCUGGCUGACGGCGGCGCGCCGGCCCCUGGCAGGCUGCUCAGAGGCGCGACGCAGCCGAUCGUGACCGACGGUCUGGAGGUUCCGUCCACGGCCCUCCGCCGCGGCACAGGCACUCCCGGCGGCGGCGAGGGCGCCUCGUGCACGCUCCGGCGCGGGGAGGAGGCCAGGCGGCUGCCCUGGCGCCCGCGUUCGCUGAGCAGCGACCAGCCGCAGGAGGCGCUCGAUGCCAAGUCCCCGAGCAAGGCGCCCGCAGCGAGGGGCGAGGCCGCGGAGCCGGCGCCGCCGGCCAGCGCGCCCGGCCGCGCCGGCGGCGGCUACUUCACGGGCGACGACCCCGCCCCCGAGGAGGAGCCGUUCCCGGCCAGAAGGCUCGCGCUCCUGGCCUUCGGCUGCCUGGCCCUGCUGGCCACCGGCCACGCCACCGGCGCCGUGGAGAAGCUGGACGCGGAGCACAUUGGGAGCAUGGCGCG